ACUCACAAACAGGAAAAUAUUAAUAGUUUUUCAAUAGAGUAUAUAAAUUAUUUCUGUCUUGGCAAUAAGUGAAUUUUUUACCAAGAAUUAGAAAAAAUUAUAUUUAUUUGAGAGAUCAAAAAAGUCAGUGAUUUGACUGUUGAAUUUUGAGUCAAUCACAUCAGCGACAAGCGAAAAGCGAAUCAAACGUGAAUGGUCGUGAAUACACUUGUCAAGUUUCUCAAAUUAACCUGACGUGGCCUAGAAUUAUUGUUAGUUAUCUUCUUUAUUUGUUAAAAUGUCUAACAAAAUAGAUCCUAAAAAAUACUUUGAAGAUGGAAAACUGGAUUUAAGUAUGAUGCAGCUAAAGUAUGAUAACGUACCAGUUAAAGAAAUAGCAGCAAUUCCAAAGUUAUUCUCUGUGGACCUCUCAAAUAACUGUCUUGUAUCAUUAGGGAAAAACUUUGCGCCUUCUCUGACCCACCUGGUCAAGUUGGAUCUGUCGAAGAAUCAGCUGACCGCGUUGCCUGACAAUUUCGGCCUGCUGUGCAACCUGAAACACCUCGACCUGGAGAACAACCGAAUCACGGCGCUUCCUCUCUCCUUCGGCAAGCUGAAGCACCUUCGUUGGCUCGAUUUGAAGAACAACCCGUUGCUGCCGAAACUGGCAGAACUGGCCGGGCCUUGCAAUGAUAGUGCGCAGUGCAGCGCUGCUGCCAAGAGUGUGGUGCAGAUGUUGGCCCUGAUGCAGGAUCAGGUCGAGGUGGAGAAGAAGAGGCGACUGGAGGAGAUGAAGUUGGAGGAAGAAGAAAAGAAGGCAUUGGCGGCCAAGGAGCAACAAGAACAGAGUCAGGCGAAGAAGCGGAACAAGAAGAAGAAGAAACAGGACAGAAUUAUAGAAUACGAGAACGGUUCUGCCGUGACGGAAGACGCCGACAAGUGCCUAUUAGAGGGGGAUGAGCAGGAAGAUGUACCUGCUGAUGAUUCCAAAGACUCAAAUCUGACUCAAAAAUCGUCCAGUAGAACUUGCUCAUCCAUCAAAUUCCUGUUCACCUCAAUCGUGAUUUUUGCCUGCAUAAUGUUCUUCCUGUUGUUCAUACUGCACCUGCUCGACGAGGAGACGUACAGCAUUGUCAUCAAAGAGCUGACCAAACGCUAUCGAAAGGUCGCCGGCUACUUUCCGAAACCAUGGUCGAAAAAGUUGAACCGCUACUACCUGAUGACCUUGAGGUACGGCACAAAGUUGUCGAAACAAGGCGUUGAGAUGGCGAUACGUGGCUUCGAACAGGUGCAAGACUUCCAGGUUUGGCUCAACUCUGACGAAACCGUUCAGUCCUACUUUGAUAUGGUGAGGAGCUGGUGGCAAAUGGUCUACAUCAAAGUUUCCGAAAUGUACAGAACUGUGACUGUCUAAAUAGGUGAUAACAACUGUUUCCAAAGUCCUACUUUGUCAUGGUUAAGAGUUGGUGGCAGAUGUUCUAGUUUCCGAAAUGUACAGAACUGUGACUGUCUAAAUAGGUGAUAACAACUGUUUCUAAAGUCCUACUUUGACAUGGUUAAGAGUUGGUGGCAGAUGUUCUAGUUUCCGAAAUGUACAGAACUGUGACUGUUUUCACUGUUUUGAAAGUAAUUUUGUCAUUGAGAAUUUGAGGAGUCGGUGAUACAUCUGUUUCCAAAGGAAUUGUGUUAUUAUGAGCAAGAGGAGCCAUAAUGUUCACCCAACAUGUUGACUGUUUAAAAUAGGUCAUACAUUUAUUUCGAAAAUAAUUCUGUAGCUUGGUGCAAAAACUACCAAUGUCAUUUUUUUCAAAAUGAGUUUAAUACACUAAU